GGAGACCGUGGGUGACAUGGAAGAAGGGAUGAGGCCUUCGGACGCAGAGAGAAACUCAAAAGCCAGCACCUCCCACGCCGAAACCCUAAUGUCGCGAAGCAACUCGUCUCGGUGGCAGGGAUUAUUCCGUUUGUGGAAGCAAAAAUCUAUGAGACGCCUCUCCAGCUUCCCUCCCGUCGGAUUCCGGAAGUGGUCGAAGAAGCGAGGCAACAGAGACGCUCAUCCCUCUCCAGCUUCCCGCCCGGACGCUCAUCCCGCAGCCGACUUCUGCUUCUUCCGACCUACUUGGAAGAACUUCACCAUCUCCGAGCUCGAAAAGGCCACCGACAAUUUCAGCCCAGAGAACAAGAUAGGUAAGGGCGGAUAUGCUGACAUUUACAGAGGACGGCUGGAGAAUGGCCGGCUUGUAGCAGUCAAAAGGAUCAGCCGCGGCACAAAAGACGAAAGAACUCACAACUUCCUGUGCGAAAUGGGAAUUCUCGUCCACCUUCAUCAUCCCAACAUCGCCAAACUGAUCGGAGUCGGGGUCGAAGGAGGCAUGCACCUUGUUUUUGAGCUCUCCCAUCAUGGAAGCCUGGAAAACCUUCUCCAUGAUUCCAAGGACAAACUGGCCUGGGAGGUGCGAUACAAGAUCGCCAUUGGAGCAGCAAAGGGCCUCGAGUACCUUCACGAGAGGUGUCAAAGGCGCAUCAUUCAUCGCGACAUCAAGGUCGAUAACAUACUGCUUACUGAAGACUUCGAACCGCAGAUAUGUGAUUUUGGACUGGCGAAGUGGCUGCCGGACGAAGUGACGCAUCACACGCUGUCCAGCUUCGAAGGCACAUUUGGAUAUGUCGCUCCUGAGUACUGCACGCAUGGCGUGGUCGACGAGAAGACUGACGUGUUCGCCUUCGGCAUUCUGCUGCUCGAGCUCAUCACCGGCCGUAGGGCUGUUGACUCUUCACAGAAAAGCUUACUGAUGUGGGUACGUACGUGUGUCCUUGACGCUGAGCUUCACCUCCUCCUCCUCCUCCUCCCCCUUCUUCUUUGUUGCAGGCGAAGCCCGUGCUCGAGGAGAAUAAGGUCAAGGAUCUCGUCGAUCCUUUACUCGGUGAUUCCUACGACUGCAAGCAGCUGCUUUUUGCAGCAAGAACAGCUUUCAUGUGCAUCCAGUACUCAUCAGUGCUGCGGCCUCGUAUGAG